UGUCAUUUCUGUAUAGGUUAUUAAACGUGAUGUAAUUGUCAGCAUUGGGCAUUUUCUAAUUUUGUAAUAAUCGUAAUAAUUAUGAAAGAACAUUUACUGAAUGUUUUUUUAUUAUUACGCGUUUGUGUGUGUCGCAUAAAAUAUGCGUAAUCGAAUUUCUUUCAUUUGUGGAAUUUCCUGAAUCAUAUUAUAAUUAAAUUCUCAAAAUGGUGCUGUUUACCUUUCGGGGAUUUCCUACAAUUAAUCGAUUAUUGUUCUUUUUUGGACAAUGUUUCACUUGUCGACGAGCAAUGGUCAACAAACUUUGGCACCGAGUCUCAAGAAAAUGGUCACGCUUGAAACCAGAACCGCCACACGCUCGCCUUUUCUCCGAAUGUCGAUAUCAGGAGGAAGUUCGUCCAUGGUACCUAUUUUAUCGAUGGAUGAUGUUCCUCGCUUGGGCGUCAAUAAUCAUCUGCUCUAUAUUUGAAUUCGGUAGCUAUCAACCCCACGGCAAUAAUCAUCUCUGGGGUAUUUAUCUAACCAAUUGGGAUUUAGUUUUGGGAUUAAUGCAAUCAUUUUUUGGCGCAUUAAUUGUUACGAGACGAUGGAAAUUGCAAAAAUGUUGCGAUUUCAAUGCAAUAAAUCUCGAAUUAAGUCCCUUACUGAAGAGCUAUUGGUUCCUUUAUGUGGUCACAUGUACAUUGGCAUUGAGUGUGACAAUUAUUUACUGGAGUGUUAUUUACAAUCCACAAAUUCAUUCUGUCGAUAUUCUCAAUAUUUUACUGCAUGUGUUUAACAGUAUUUUAAUGAUUGUCGACAUGUGUAUGGUGAAAAUUCCAAUAUUUUUAUUUAGUGCAUGGUGGUGUUUAAUUGUGGCACUGCUCUAUGUUUUAUUCUCAAUUAUUUAUUACGCUGCCGGCGGUGUCGAUAAAUUAGGGAAUCAUUUUAUUUAUGCGAUACUCGAUUGGAAAAAACCAAUGAGAACAGUAAUUGUUUGCUUGGUGGUUACGAUAUUUUUAUUAAUUGUUCACGGCGUAUUUUGUUUACUUGCGAAACUUGCCGAUCGAACAUGUAGUCGACGAAAAACUAUCGACAUUACCGAAGUGGUUUCGACGAAAAAUGUAGAAGUUAUUGUCUGAAACAUUAUUAUUUUUUAUAGUACAUAUUUUAUAUCUUGUGUGUCUUAUUCUUUAGAAUAUUGUUGACAAAAUAUUUUAUGAAAAUGAUGUGUUCAGACAUUUCUUCUGCUCAAGAUUAUAUAUAUAUAUAUAUACAUAUAUUGUAUCCACACUCUAAAAGACUGUCUCAAUUUGCUCUCGUUGCAUCUUGAUAAUUAUAAUAGAUAUAUUAUAACGAUUUAUAUAGAUAUAAUACAUUCCGUAAUUUUAUUUAUAAUAACAAUUUCCAUGUCAUGAUAAAUUUUUUGAGUGUAAACUUUUUUUUUGUUAACCAAAGUGAUACCUCUGUAUUUUUUUAAAGUAGUUAAUAGUCUUUUUUGAUAAAAAAAAAAAAAGUUUUGUAUAUGCGAGAUGACGAAUAUUAUGAAUAUUCUAACGUAACAUCGAAUUGCGGUAUUAAAAAAAUAUUUUAAGAAAUUGUGUAUGCAAAAUAAAUAAAUGAU